AGCACCCCACCCACUUCUUCCUCCUCCAGAUAAUGAACAAAACAGCCUCCGGCUGCUGAGGGGGAGAAGCUGGCUUUGAUGGAGCUGAGGAGAAAGCGGGAGAGGAACGCAGCCAUGCCUCUGCUGCAGCUGUGUGCCAGCAGCAUGGCUACGGACUGGCUCGGGAGCAUCGUCUCAAUUAACUGUGGAGAGAGCUUGGGAGUCUACCAGGGCCGAGUGUCUGCUGUGGAUCAGGUCAGCCAGACCAUCUCCCUGACAAGGCCCUUCCACAAUGGGGUCAAGUGCCUCGUGCCAGAAGUCACCUUCAGGGCAGGUGACAUCACCGAGCUUAAAAUCCUGGAGAUCCCAGGGCCUGGGGACAGCAGACAGUGCGGGGACCUGCAGCAGGCAGAAAUGGGCAUCCCUGGCGUCGGAUGCCAAGUGGGUCCCAGUCAGAAUGGCACUGGCAAGGUGUUGAAGAAGCCCAUCUCCAGCAGUGCCCCUCAGAACAUCCCCAGGAGGACAGACAUGAAGAACCAGGAGAUCAUCAUCUCUCCACAGCAGCAGUGCUCCAAGAGCUACAUGGAUCGCCACGUGGAGACGCUGAGCCAGUCCAAAGGCUUCCGCCGCAGGCACAACUCCUGGUCCUCCAGCAGCCGUCACCCCAACCAAGUGACCCCAAAGAAGAGCGGCUUGAAGAACGGGCAGAUGAAGAGCAAGGACGACGAAUGCUUCGGGGACGACAUCGACGAGAUCCCCGACACGGAUUUCGACUUCGAAGGCAACCUGGCCCUUUUUGACAAGGCAGCUGUCUUUGAGGAGAUCGAGACCUACGAGAGGAGGAGUGGCACUCGCUCCCGGGGGACCCCUAACGAGAAACCAGCGCGCUACAGGCACGAUGAGAACAUCCUGGAGUCGGAGCCCAUCGUCUACAGAAGGAUUGUGGUGCCUCAGAACGCUAACAAGGAGUUCUGCACGGACUCGGGGCUGGUUGUCCCAAGCGUGUCCUACGAGCUGCACAAGAAGCUGCUGUCGGUGGCGGAGAAGCACGGGCUGACUCUGGAGAGGAGGCUGGAGAUGACAGGAGUGUGUGCCAGCCAGAUGGCCCUCAGCCUCCUCGGGGGACCCAACAGGCUGAACCCCAAGAACGUGCACCAGCGACCCACGGUGGCCCUGCUGUGUGGGCCCCACGUGAAGGGGGCCCAGGGGAUCAGCUGCGGGCGGCACCUCUCCAACCACGACGUCCACGUCAUCCUCUUCCUCCCCAACUUCGUGAAGAUGCUGGAGUCCAUCACCAACGAGCUCAACCUCUUCAGCAAGACGCAAGGCCAGCAGGUGUCCAGCGUCAAAGAUCUCCCUGACACCCCUGUUGACCUGGUGAUCAACUGCCUGGAUUGUCACGAAAAUGCCUUCCUGAGAGAUCAGCCUUGGUACAAAGCAGUCGUGGACUGGGCCAACCAGAACAGGGCACCCGUCCUCAGCAUAGACCCUCCCAUCAACGAGCUGGAGCAGGGCAUCGAUGCCAAGUGGUCACUGGCCUUGGGCCUGCCCUUGCCCCUGGGCGAGCGGGCAGGGCGCCUGUACCUCUGUGACAUUGGCAUCCCCCAGAAGGUCUUUCAGGAAGUGGGCAUCAACUAUCACUCCCCCUUUGGCUGCAAAUUCGUCAUCCCCCUGCACUCCACUUAGGGCCCAGCCAGCUCUGCAGAGAAGAGAGAGAGAGGCAGGAGGAAGAAGAGGAAGAGGAGGUCUGUCAAAUAAGCUGUCCAAGUACGGAUCCUGACCUAGUUAACUUCGUGACGCCUUAAGGAUGUGAAGUUCUGGAGAGGUUUGGCUGUUCUUUGUUUAUUCUUUGCCUUCCAGAAGACAGAAAACGUUGUGUAUGGAAAGAAACUGAAAGCAGCAAAUCAUCAUCGAGGGGAAAGAGGAAAGGGAAAAAAAACCCCCAGGAAAACGAUGACAAAAGAGCAAACCCAAGGAGGAAGCAAAAGGGGGCACGCAGGGGUGGUGGUGCCUGUCCCUAAGCCCCACCAGGAGGCUGUUGAAUGCACCCUAGAGGUUGGUGCAAGCAGCCUUGGGUGGGUUGGAGGUUUGAGACUUGUUUGGUUUGGGUUUUUUUUGGGUCCUGCUGGGGCAGAGAGACCCAACAAGGGUGUCCUGGUGGCAGCAGCCCCACCUUGGGCGUGUUAGGAAUCCCUUCUGUUGCAGCUGUGGGAGGGAGGACUUGGUUUGGUUCUCUUGUUAUGGUUGGGUUGGUUUGGUUUGUUCUCCCUCUCCCCUGUUUUAUGUUCCUGAGGGCAGCUGUAGCUCGCUCUCCUUCCCUGCCCCUGGAGGAGAGCUUUGCCUCUUGGAAUGUGUCAUGAGCCAGCAGCUCUCAGGCCACACGUGCUCUGGGAGCAGUGAUCUCCUCAGCUAGGCCUUACUUGCUUAUCCCCUCUCCUGUUGGCUUUUUGUUGGUUGGCUUGGUGGGUGCAGCAGAGUCUGUGGGAGCCAGGUGGGGGGAAGAACUUCUCCAGAGGAGUUGUGGGUUGGGUUUGUUUCUUUCUCCCUGGCACAGCCAGUGGCUGAAUCAGGGGAAAGCAGUGGCUGAAGCAGGGCAGCAUCACUCCUGGCUUUGUGUGGUGUGUGUGGUGCAGGUGAUGUUUGGGUAAGGUUCUCCCCAGUGCUUCCAGUGUUCCUCCUCCACUGCUUGGUGCGGUCUGGGAAGUGGAUCUGCUCCUUCCCUGCCCGCGUGUAGGGUGGGCUUGUGCGUGUGUGGACCUGUGUGCUGGCACCCAGCUUGAGGAAGGGGUGGAGGUCUCAGCUCACACAGUCUUGUUUACCUGCAGGGGAGGGCUUGCAGCAGGAGGCUCUCAGCUAGAGAGAGAGAUCUAGCCCAGACUGCUCUGCCAGCUGGGGGUGUGCUGCCAGCAAGCAGAGGGUUGGGUCAUCUCCUGCCCUUGUGGUGUGGGCCUGGUGGAGCCUUAGAGCAGGAACAAGCCCAGCAGCUGGCCAGCUUCAGGAGGCUGUGGUGCUGGCCCUGUGUGCUUGCUAAUAGACCCUGGGAAGUGCUGUGUGCUGCAGGAGGUGCUGCAAGGCUGAGCUGUUCCCUCAGGGAUGCAGAUGCCAAGCAGGGGCCCUGCUCUCACCAAGCAGCUCCCGGUGCUGCUGUGAGCAGGGGCAGUGCUUGAAGCUCUGCUCUUCUUCUGGUACUUUACCUGUCCCCAGAGCUCUGAAAUCUCACAGAGGCCCUGUUCUGGCAGCUGGGAGAGCUUCAGACAGGGCCUUUUCUCCAGGGCAGCAGAAGGGCAAUGGUCACCUCCUGCUGUAGGUGGUAGAGUCCCAGCUGGCAAAGCUGUUGGCCCACAGGUGCCCCUGGAAGUGAGGGUUUAGGGAGCAGGUGCUCAGCUUUCACUGCUUCUGCUUAGGCAAGGGCCAAAGCAUGUCAGAGGAGGAGGAGAAGGAAAAGCAGCAGUGCAGUGGUUCCUCCUGCCUGCCAGUGUGGAGCGAUGGGGAAGGCCUCCAGCUCCCCCAGGCCUCUUCCUGGACCAAACCGCCUGCACCUCAGCCGAUCUACCUCAGCAGGACGGAGGGGUCUGGACCCCUGGCUCCCACCCCGACCUUCUCUCCCCACUGAGGGACCUGCAUCUGCUGGCUUAGGCUGAGUGGUUUCAGAGGGGCCAGUGGCUGGGCAGGGACCCUCCAGCCCUCCUCCUCCCCUUGAAAGGGCACAGCCAAGGCAGCUACUCCUCAGGGAAGCCAUAGCUCAGCUGGAGCUGUGGUGGCUCUGCUUGGGCUGGUUUCACAAGCCCUAGUUCCAACUCAGCCACGCUGGGGUUGGUUAAACCACCAAGCAGGAGGCUUCCCUCUGCCCUCAUUUGGUCUUUUUUUUCAGCCUCAUCCAGUCUUGAGCCAGGCAAAGGCGUUGCCGAGGUGGACAAGCGUGGCCUGGGGGCUGCUGCAGCACAGCAUUGGCUUAAGGCCCUCUGUUUGCACUCCCCCUUGCUCCCCACAUGCAAUAAGAGACCUCUGCUGCCUCCAGGGCUGCUUUCCUUGGGUCAGGCUGCAACUCUGCCUCCAGCCUUUGGCUGCUGGCCUGCAGCUUGUACACACUGAGCAGCAGCAGGGUAGAAAUAAGGCUUCUUCUUCACAGGCUCCCUCCCCACAGGCUGCCCAGCAGGGCACUGAACCAGGUAAAGUUGGUUUGGGUGUGGGUGGGUUUUUUUGGCACAGGGAUGGCAGCUGGGCUCAGCUCUGUGUGCCCACUGCCAGCUGCCUCCAGGAAGCACUAAGGUCCCACGCAGCAAUAGGGACACUCCCCUGACUGUUUAACCCUCAGCAGGAGGGUGCAAACCCUCCCCUGAGAACAGGGAUUCCCAGUCCUGAGGGCACUGGGCAGUGUUUAUGACCCAGCAGGCAGCUUUGGGCUGUGCUUGGCACAGUCAAACUUCACUUUCUGGAGUGUUUUGGGGCACUUGGCUGUGCUUUUCCUUCAGCUACUGAGGUUUUCCUUCAGGAGGUGCUGGCUUCACCCACACCAACCACAUCUCACGUGCAGGUGUGAUCUCUUCUGGAGCACUGGGAGACCCAGAAUUGGGGUCUGGGUGGUUUUUCUCCCCCCUCCCCCACUCCAAAAGUGGAACAAUUUGGGGUUUUUGGGUUUUGUUUUGUUUUUUAAAGCUGUGUUUGAGCCUAGUUUCUACCCACACCCUUCACCACCAGCA